CCGCUGCUGUUUUCUGUUGUCAAUUAUUCUUUUGGUUAUAAUUAUUUUCACAUCCACCCGCUAUACGAGCUCUCCAACUCUCAUCAAAGCUCGACGGCUGGAACAGCGUACGCCGCAUGCAAGAAUACAGGAAAAACACCCGAACAAGAACAACAACAACAAGAUGAAUCCCUGCGUGGUCCCCACAGCCGUGCCCGAUGUUGACGGUGACAAGCGCUGGCAGAGCAUACAUCGCCGCUUCAUAUCCGAUUGCCGCGAAAAGGAUCCGGACGUAAUCUUUCUAGGCGAUUGCAUAUUCGAAACACUGCAGGACACGGACACAUGGAACCAAUACUUUGCACCGCUGCACUGCCUCAACUUUAGCAUACGUGACGAUCGCACCGAGCACGUGCUGUGGCGCAUCGAGAAUGGUGCCCUCGACAAUGUCAAUCCCAAAAUCGUUGUCCUCCACGUCGGCACCAACAAUGUGGCGAACACUGCAGCCGAGGUUGCUGAAGGUGUGCUCGCCAAUGUGACAAGGAUACGCCAAAAAUUGCCCGGCGCCUAUAUUCUGCUACCGUCACUUCUGCCACGAGGCCAGCAACCGAAUGCGCUGCGUGAGAAGAAUGCGGAGAUCAAUGAACUAAUCAAGGAGCACACAAAGGGAUUGGAUCGCGUGCAGACCGUUGCCAUUGACAAGGGCCUAGUGCAGGGAGACGGCAGCAUCAGCCAUCAUGACAUGUUCGACUAUAAGAAUCUAACCAAUACCGGCGCCAAAAAAAUACUCGAACCAUUGCACGAUUUGCUCUCGCAAAUACUCAAUGAAAACGAACCGGAACGCGAUCUCACUCCAUCCGAAUAGCUCUCAGCACUCAGCGCCCAGCACUUAGCAAUUGAAGCAACAACGCAUAACCCACAAAACGAAAUCCAAAUCCAAAUCCGACCCAUCCGCUUGAUCUUAGCAAUGAAAGUAUUUACUCGUGUAUUUCACGGGAAUUCGGAAUUUUUUUUCCCCAUUAUACAAAAAAAUAACGCAAGUUUCCUUAACCAAGAAUACACAGCUUUGAAAUAACACAUAUAUGUAUAUAUAUGUAUAUAUAUAUAUAUAUAUAUAUAUAUGUAUAGAUAAUAUAGAUAUGUAUACAUAUAUAUAAACAUAUAUAUAUAUAUAUAUAUAUAUAUAUAUAUAUAUAUACAUAUAGUUAUAUAUGUAUUUAUCCCACAAGCUUAGG